GCACGAACCGUGGCCGACUGGGUCGUGACAAGCACACACCUGAUAUGAAUGGGAUAUUCACAUCACGUUCUUCUGAUUGUUGUGGACACAGAUAAGAAAAAUGACAACUAAUCCAGGUAAUAACGUGUAGGCAGGGGUGCUUGUUAUCCUGGCUCGCACAGUGUCCUGCAAGAACCCACGUUCAGUAGUUACUUCUCGCUACGGACAUUCAUUAACGCGGAAGUGAUCCUUCUUCGUCAGUCGAAUUAAUGCCAGCAGCGUGCUUGUAUCGCGUGUAAUAAUCCUCUGUGCAUAUUAUACGUCCAAAAGGGCACUCCAGUUGCAAUUCACGGGUAUUUAAGCAUCGCGCUUGAGUACGGGAUAGAGGUGACUUCCCCCUGGAUCGCAUAACGAGAAUUGUAAGCGGAUCAUUCACAAGAUGGAAUAUCUGGUCAAGAGCUGCAUCGUGUGGAUGGGUAUUGUGUUGGUAGCAGUCGCCGCCCAAGAUCCCACGUAUGUGGCCACUUUCAGCAUGGCAGGGGCGUCAGGGAACGCGACCUUCACGCGGGGCACGGGAUCAAACACGAUCAUCCGCCUGAGCAUGUCUCUACCGGCCGGAACCUACAACUGGACCGUACGGGAGAAACCGACCGUAUACGACCAGCGACCGGUGUGCAGUGAGGUUUUUACCGGGGGAGUCUUGGCCAAUGGCGGGGAUCUCACGACCGCUCACGGCAAGCUGACUGGUGGAACAUCCGUAACAGCAGAAUUUGAUAAUGACCAAUUGAAGCUAACUGGUACAGAUAGCAUUUCUAGUCGAUCCCUUGUCUUAGAGGAGACUACAUCGGGUACUCUCAUCUGUGCCAAUAUCCUCGACUAUGACGUCGAUGUAGUGACAGCGGUGGCGAAAUUUGUGUCACCAUUUGCCGGGACUGUGACGUUUCGACAGCGACAAGGCGAGCCAUCGGCACUGACAACUGUCCUGGUAGAUCUGUAUAGUGUGUUGGACCCACAAGUAGCAACGUACAGUUGGGGUAUCCACUCAAUCCAAGACUACAAUAAGGACAUGAACCUUCAGCAACGCUGUAGCAGCACCAUGUCGGCCAUUUUUAACCCCAUUGGAGACCUUUCAAGCAAGUUCGGUGAUGUGACAAUCAACCCAGCAUCUUCAAGUAGAACUCGGUAUUUCAUCGAUACCAACCUACCUUUAGACCAGAGCGCUAAUUCGGUACUCGGGAAAAACUUGGUGUUCAAAAACAGCGACGGGACUUUCAUUGCCUGUUCGCCUAUUCAAGAGUUGCUGCCCAAAGCCGUAAGUGCCGAGAUCAGCGUGUCGGGGGUGAAUGGGACCCUGGAAUUUAGGCAGCGGUCCCCGUACGACCCCACUCACAUCUCGGUCAAUCUCGCCAAGCUACGAGGAUUGGCAGCAGGUUACCACGUGCAUGUGCAGCCAGUGACCGGACGGAUUAACACGGACGAUCAGCCUGCGAGCAAUGCCAACGUUGGAGGGCACUAUAACCCCUUCGGCGUCAUCGCCGGGGAUUCCCCGGCUGCAGGAACGGGCACACAUGACCAAUACGAAGUGGGAGACAUCAGCGGGAAAUUUGGAAGCCUUUCGAGCCUGGAUGCCUUUUCAGGACAGUUCGUCGACUGGAAUAUGCAACUGUUUGGAAAGUACAGCAUAGUCGGACGCUCCAUCGUUAUCCACAAAGCAGAGGCAAAUGCACGGUGGGCCUAUGGGAACAUCGGUUACCCGACCGAUGUGGUAACAGUCAAAGCCGAUUUCAGCUCCGUCGUAGCGGGUAAGAUGGUUUUCAGGCAGGACCCAAACGAUCCGUAUUCAGACACGACUGUCUACGUGGAGGUCACACGCGCUGAUGGCUCAGAUCCCACAGUUAACCACAACUUCCACGUGCACGAAAAACCAAUCGGGAAUGAUUACCUUUCUUCAAGCAGUCGAUGCGCCAGCGCAGCAGGACACUUCAACCCGUUCGUAGACUUUAAAAACGGCUACGACCUGUGCGAUUUCACCAACCCCUACCGAUGCGAAGUGGGUGAUCUCUCACAAAAACUGGCAACCAUUGACAUCUCGAGUUCAAUCAGCAGCAGCAGCAGCAAAUACUUCUUCACUGAUCCCCUCCUCCCCCUGACUGGAUACUAUUCCGUAGCUGGUCGGUCUGUCGUCAUCCACAUGCCUGACAGAGCUGCCCCGAGACUAGCAUGCGCUGAUCUUUACGACGCCCCGUCCAUCUCGAUACAGACAGACGCCUGGGACGGCGGCCCGGCCAUCCGAGGUCCUAUAGCCAUCUCACAGGCCUCAGAGUUUGACCGAGCCAAAGUCAGCAUCGAGCUGUCCCAGCUUGACCAACUGGCCGGAGGAUGGCACAUCCACGUUCUACCAAUCGAUCCAGACAACGUCGACGCCCCGUGCAGCGCUGCGUCAGUUCAAGGCCACUACAAUCCAUUCGGGGCGGAUGGUGGUCAAGAUGCCCCUGCCACCGGCACCCACGACAUGUACGAGGUUGGAGAUUUGAGCGGGAAGUUUGGUUCCUUUGCUAGUCUCGACAGCAUCACGGCUGUUUACAUGGAUACCAACCUGGAUCUAACAGGACCGCGGAGUGUAGGCGGUAGAUCACUCGUUAUACAUAGGGACGACGCCGCAGGAUCCAGAAUGGUGUGUUCUGAUUUGGACCAGUCGGUGGCUGACGGUGAUUUUUCGAUUAUGGCCCAGGCUACAUUCCAGGGCGAUGCCGUGACAGGCACCAUCACUUUAAAACAAAUUCGAUUUGCGUCCGGUUACCAAGGGGAUACGAUCGUCCAGGUGGACUUAACUGCCAAUGACGAUAACAUUGAGUAUGUACUGGAGAUUCCCAAAACGACGUGUGACGAUGACGACAUCUUUAACCCGUACCAGAUUUCCGUUCCCACGGACCAGUGCUCCGUAAGUCGCAUGAGACUCUGUUCUGUCGGGGAUCUCAGAUCAAAACACGGUAUGGUGUACAGCAACCAGCGAGUCUUCAUGACCGAUAUUAACCUGCCUCUCUACGGAUUAAACUCGGUGAUUGGUCGUAAUCUAAGAAUCUCGACAUCGACAGCGGACGGAGGCAAGUCUUGCUCAACGAUCAUACCCGAUGGAGCUUCCGGGCGGAAAAUUAACCACGUGUACCCAGCAACCACGGCAUUUGAUGCGUAUGGUUUCCAGACGACUGUGGCCAACGCCAUUGCCAGCGGCAAUCGAUGGCAAGUUGUGCCGUCACAGGAGCCCGGUGAAUCAACGGAAUUCCCGGGCUGUAGCUCAGUCGAUUUUUGGGUCAUAGGUCCAAAUGUUGAGAACUUGGUGACGGCGUUUUCCGAGGCCGUCAAAGCAGGCAGCCUCGAUUCUUACAAUCCUACCGAUCAGUGUUCAGAAGGAUCGGGCGUCAGUCACGUGAUCCCUUCGGGAUUUAUGAUCCUUUUGUCAACCAUCUUGGGACUAUUCGUCAUCGUCCCUCUACAACGUGAUGUCUGAGCCACAACUUCCUGAUCAAUAAAAAGUCAGCUAUAUCUUGAAAUGUUAAGAAAAAAUUGUAAAAUGUAUAACCUUUCAUGUUUCAAUUUUUGAAAAGAAUUUGUUGCAAACUGACGCUACUUUAGCGGUUGUGUACAAAGUCUAUGGAGAGUCAAGAAAAUUCAGUUAUUGGUGAGUCAGUAUUUCCUAACAAAAUUGGAAAUGUUUCUCAGUCCCAGAUUCAUGUCUUAUCAUCAUUUUUGUAAAGACUGACCUUCAUUGAGAUGAUACAUGACAAAAAACAGCGUCAGGUUGCAACAUUCUUUCCCAAUUUUUCGUUUCCAUUUUUCCUUGAUUUUGUCCCCUAUAUCCUAUACAGCUGAAAAAUGUGGUCCUGUCUCGCAAAAACGGCCGGGUAUUGCAUUUGCACAAUGAACGAAAAUUAUUGUGUACAAUUGGGAAACGGGAAAAUCUACUUCUUUUGGAGACUGUAUUUUUAUGUUGUAUUCAAAAUUGUAUUUUAUAUCAAUAAUAUUGGGCAAAUGAAUUAAGGUGAUAACAUUAUUGAGUUUCACCAAGGUAAUUUUAUAUUGCUUAAAUACUGCGGUAUAGGGUGAGUCAAAAAAAGAGGAAACCCAAAUGGCAGGACAAUUUUCUUAAUCAAGUUCUGCAUGUAGCACUUUCAAAAUGUAGGAUAUGAAAGCCCAAUUAAUAAGCUUUCGUUUAGUACAAGAAUCAUUCAAAUCACUGUACUUUACAAGUUACAGAAUUUGGAACACACACAUGUGAUUUGUUUUCGUUUUGCUGAAAGAACACUUGCCUUUUU